AUGGCCUUCUUAAGCAGCCCCGCCCUACGCAUCCCGAGCCACACUGCGCACCGAGUAAGGCCCCUCAUCACGCAGCGCCCGCCCAUGCCGUUCUCGCUUCCGCGCUUCCGCAUGUCGUCGUCGACGCCCACUGCGGGCACGCCCGGCACGGGCAAGAUGCCUGCGGAGAAGGACGCUCGAUCUAUGACCGCCGACGAUUGGCGCAAGGUCUUGUCGCGACAGGAGUUCAACAUUCUCCGCGAGAAGGGUACUGAGCGCCCCGGCUCGGGCGAGUACGAUGGCUUCUAUCCCAAGGAGGGCCACUUUGCGUGUCGUGGGUGUGGUAACCCAAUCUAUUCGGCCGAGGCCAAGUUUCAGUCCGGCUGUGGGUGGCCUGCGUUCGAUAAGUGUUACAAAGGUAGCAUUCGCACCGAGACGGAUGCCUCGCUUGGCAUGAAGAGAGUGGAGAUUAUGUGUGGGGCUUGCGAUGGCCAUUUGGGUCAUGUGUUCGAAGGGGAGGGGAUGACGCCGACGAAUGAACGGCACUGCGUGAACUCUGUUAGUAUUAAGUUUGUUGACGGGAAGGUGGAGAAGGAGGAAGUCAAGGUCGUUUGAGAGGGAGGCGGUGCGAUGUUCUGACGCUGUAUGUAUUUGUGGGUAAGUGAGAAUCAGGUACUUGCCGUGAUCAUCAUAAUAAAGACAUGGAGCCCAAUUUGCUCGCACACCACGAAGUUGAAGUUGCCGAUCUCUCAUGUGAAAUGAUCAAGCAUCAUCUUCGUAGGGCCGGGCGAUUAGGCUGAUGCACUUCAUUCCUGCACA